CUCCCGAACGUCAUAACAACGGAGAGUCUAGAAUGCGGGAGAUCUGAAAAGUGAAAAUGAAACUGUUUACAAUCUCCCACUCGAACUUUAUCAAAGUUAAUAGCAGGAACAUUGAUCUAAAAAACUUUCUUGCUUAUAUCUGGAAACCAGAAGCUUAUUAUAAGAACCAACUUUUCAAAGAAGUAUGGACAAAAAAGCGACCGGGACUGUUGCGGCAGUAUAUUGCUGAAGUUGCACUCACUCAGGCACACCAAGGCCAAAAAACAUCAGUUAUAGAGGUGACACCAGCAAUGACCACUACAUCACCAGUACAGAUGACACCAGCAAUGACCACUACAUCUCUAGUACAGAUGACACCAGCAAUGACCCCUGUAUCACCAUCACUAUCUCCAUCAAUUCUGGUACCCCACUGGCUGGAGGAUCAAACCCUACAAACAGUAUCUCCUGCUGCUUCAGAACAUUUAAAUAGGAACUUUCAGUCCAUAUGGAGCAUUGAGUCGUCUCGGCUGUCAACAGAAUCAUCUGCUUCAUCGGAGAGUACCUCAUCUGGGAGUUUAUCUCUACCAUUUGGAGUUGUGCGACCUGGUAGUCCUUACCCUGACUACCAGAUCAGGAAGUGUUCGAUCCAUACUCCUCACAUCUCAUUCCUCAUCCUUGACCCCCGCAUUGUCACAUUUACCAAAGAACCCAGUGGUAUGUUCAAGGUCCUCGGGAGCGGGGUAUCAGGAAGUGUGUACCACGCCAGUCUCCUGUCGUCCGGAUACCAGCUCGCCGUAAAACUAUACCAUCAGGCUGAACUGGUGCCACACACAAUAGUCAAUGAAGGGAUGAUAAUGGCUCUCCUACAGAACACGGGUGUGGUGCCGAAAUUCUUUGGAGUGCUCCCGGAGCCAGGGGACAUACAAAAAUUCACUCUUGUCCAGGAGUUUUUUGGUGAUGGUAUGACAUUGUAUAAACUCAUUGGGAUGAUGAACAAACAUCAAAUUACUUUGAACGAAAAAGAGACCAUCACCCUAUGUUACAGACUGGUUCAUGCACUUAAGGUCAUCCAUUCCAGAGGCGUAUUGGUAAACGAUUUGAAAAAUGACAAUGUCUUAGUGGAUGUAUCCAACAGGGAAUUCAAUAUCAGAUACAUCGAUUUUGGUUUGGCUACAUUUGGUGUUGGAAUGACCUAUGAAAAGUCCUACGAACCAAAUUCUGACAUUAAAUACAGUUUUUUGGCACCAGAGGUCAGACAGGGAGACAAUCCAACCAGUGUGGCUGCAGACAUCUACAGCUUAGGGAUAUUAAUUGGCGAAAUCGGCUGGAGAAUCGACGAAUUAGAGGACAUUGGUGAAAGAUGUACGGAUCAAGUCGCUCUCGCAAGGCCGAGUAUGGACGAACUUGUGAUGAUGAUGGAUGGGCUAAUCAACCUAAUUAAUUAGAUCUGUACAUCUUCUUUCUGUCUUCAUCAAAGCCUGACUCCGGAAAUAUUGAGAUCAUUACUUUAUAUUAAUAUAGAUAAACUACUUGAAAAAAAUGAAUACGCAAGUAAUUUUUAGGCCUGGAGUAAUCAUGAAAACUUAUCACUCCGGUCUGUUGACAAUAAGAUAUGUGCUCUGUGAACAUUUUUGAAUUCACUGCAUUCUAUCCCUCUGUUCACUUACCUAUAAAAACCAUCUAUCUAUCACAAACACCUUAAGAACAUUUCAAACAUUAUUGAUUUUUAUAUCAUCACAAUCUUUUCAUUAAUUCCGUGUGUAAAUUAAGACAUUUAAAGAUUAAUUAUUAAAGACAGAUGAAAGAACCUGUGAUAUUCUCAAUAAAAACGUUAUACUGUAUCUCAAUUUGAAAUCAAAACAGAUAAUUGCCAAUUUGUCAAUUCUUAGCUGCGCUUUUUUGUA